AUGACCUACCACGACGCGAAGUUGACCUUGUACACGUACUUCCGAUCCUCUUGCUCGGCUCGAGUGCGGACCGCCGCCGCCCUGAAAAGAAUCAAGCUGCAUUUUGAAUACAUUAAUCUCCUGAAAGGCGAACAAGGUGCCACCAGCUAUACGAAUCUCAACCCAUCGGGUGCGGUACCCACCCUCAUCGUAGAAUCCAACGAUGGGGGUAAAGUUGUGAUCCGUCAAUCGACUGCGAUCCUGGAGUUCUUCGAGGAAGUCUUUCCAGAUUCCGUACCGCUCCUGCCGAAAGAUCCAGCGAGGCGAGCCCAAGUAAGAGAGCUGUACAACAUACUCGCGGCGGAUUUCCAGCCCCGGACGAACCUCUGCAUCAUCAAACGUGUCAGCAAGUACGGCGUAACUGCCCAGGAUUGGUGUCAGGAGCAAAUGCCACCGGUGUUGCAAGCAUUCGAGGACAUUCUGAAAGCCUGCGCUGGCAUGUAUUGUGUGGGUGACGAGGUUACAUUGGCCGACAUUGCUCUGGCGCCAGCUCUAGAAGGCGCUCUGCGAUGGGGGAUUGAUAUUAGUCAGUUUACGAUACUGAAUGGUGUAUUUGAGAGGAUACGCGUAUUGCCAGAGUUUGUUCAAGCAGACUGGAAGCAUCAAGAAGACACACCAGCGGAGCUUAGGUACGCGCCAGGAAUCAAGGGCAACUAG